AUGCCUAAGGAAGACACAGAACCAUAUUCCAAUCCAUUGCCACCACCGGAUUACAAUCACGAUGUUGGAGACGAUGCACAUCCAUUGACAAAUGAAGAUUUUCGAAAACUCUUGAUGACGCCUCGUGUGGCUAUCGGAUCUUCUUCCGGGAGCCACAGUUCCUUAUCGGCAUCGGCAACUUCAGGAGGCACCAGCGGAGGCCAUGCCGCUGGGAGCCAUGAAUUGGGGUCCUCGGCUGUGGGUCAUGGUUCAGUAUCUGAAAGAGGAGGUCUUGGAUCUAGUGGCGCAGCAGGGGCCAGUGGAGCUGGUGGUGGAGCUGGACUUAGUCUUGGAGAUUUGACAGGGUCCGGAGGUGGUUCUGGAGCCGGGGCCCAUGGUGGAGACGAAAGUUCAUCGGUCGGGGCGCGUUUAAUCGGGAGCCUAGACGAUGAUGAACCAGACGUCGGCGAUAGAGAUGACGACGAUCCAGCGACCAGGAGACGGAAGAAAAAAAGUUAUUACGCUCGAUUGAAGCGUAUGGAAGAGGAUCGCCAGAAAGAAUUAGCACAAAAAUAUCGAGACCGAGCAAAGGAGAGGAGAGACGGAUUAAAUCGUGAUUAUGCUGAGACCGAAAUUAUCAGCACGACGGCCGAUUAUAGAGCGGUCGCCCCCGAUGCUAAAUCGGGUGAGAACUAUGCUGAACGCCGAAAGCAAAUCAUUCAGGAAUCCAAGUAUCUCGGAGGUGAUAUGGAACACACCCAUCUUGUAAAGGGUCUCGAUUAUGCUCUGCUUGAGAAAUCAAAGUACCCUGAACGAAAUGAACUAUUCUUGCCUAGUCGAAUGGCAUAUGUGGUCGACCUUGAAGAUGAAUUUGCAGAGUCUGAUGUCCCCACGACGCUAAUUCGCAGUAAAGCUGACUGUCCAGCCCCAGAGUCUGACACAACACUGACCACAAAUGACAUUGUUAUUAACAAACUUACACAGAUCUUGUCUUAUUUGCGUCAGGGUCGCCCUGGGUCUGGUGGUACUGGUGUCAACUCUGGUGAGAAGACACUCUUGCCAGGACAUGAUGAAAGCAUUUAUGGGGAUGUUGGAGAAUAUGUCCCCUCAAUGUCAUCAAGUAAUUCAAAAACAAAACGUGAUCGUAAAGACAGAGAUCGUGAUAGAGACCGCAGUGAUCGGGACAGGGAUCGAGAUCGGAACCUCGGCAGCAGUGGUGACCGGGAUAGGGACCGCGGUCGAGAUUACUAUGACCGCAGUGACAGAGAGCGCACUAGUGGUGAUCGCAGAGACCGUGACAGAGAUCGCAAUGACCGUGCUGAUCGUGAUCGAAGUAGUGCGAUGGUAUCCAGUAUGUCAAUGGGGUCUGCAGCUGGUUCAACAAACAGCAGCUCGAAGAAGACCUACUUUGAAAAACCUGCCGAUGAAGACGAGGAAAAGGACCGGAUGCCAAAUUCUGCAAAGGAAUUGGUCAAGUCGAUUAAUGAAUGCUUCAAAUCAUAUGCUGAAAUCGAAGAAGAGAAAGAGAAGGCAGCAAACAAAAAAGAAGAAGAACGAUUGCGUAAACUGAAGGCUAAAAUGGAGAUUGACAGUUAUGCAGAGUGUUACCCAGGAAUGAUGGAGUCGGCUGAUGCCAUUGAUGAUUCUGACGACGAAGUUGACUAUACUAAGAUGGAUCAUGGCAACAAGAAAGGUCCAAUCGGACGUUGGGAUUUUGACUCUCAAGAAGAAUACAGUGAGUACAUGGCCAACAAGGAAGCCAUGCCCAAAGCAGCUUUUCAGUAUGGGGUAAAGAUGGCUGAUGGUCGAAAGACCAGACGUACGGGCCCCAAAGAUGAAAAAGCAGAACUUGAUAGACAGUGGCAAAAAAUUCAAAGAAUUAUUGAAAAACGGAAAAAUACGGAUGAUAAUUUUGAAUACAAGAGAGUCAAAUAUUAA